AUGUUGAGCUACCGGUACAAUGGUGAACUGCUGUGGUCUGCUAACUGCCCAGAAGGAACCAGGAGCAUCGAGGUGGAGCUGCAGGUGAAGGACCAUGUAGCUACAGUGAUCUCCACUCUGAUCUAUGACAACAAGGAGGACAAACCUCUGGAGGCGGUU